AUGAGACUCGCCAACGCCUCGGUCCUGGCCAUGCUGCCCGCCUCGGGGCUCGCUGCCUGCGGGACUGCCUACUCGGGCAGUCAGAUCGACGGCACGCUCCUCCACUCUGUCGUGCUUGACAUGGGCACCGACGCUGCCAACGUCACCGCCACCCAGUACGACCAGUACUUUAAGCAGGGAAGCGCCCUCCAGGGCGUCAAGGCCGUCAUCGAAGACAGCCAAUUUUACAUCAACCUGUGGGCCAUUCCAGGCACCGAGUCCGCCUUCAACAAAGUCAGCCAGUGCCUGAGCGACGGAUAUCUGGUGAACCAAGUGCCCUGGCUGUAUUACGACACGACCACCGCGACGUGGUGGGGCGGCUACGAGGCUGAGACCGAGGCCAGCAGUUACGAGGCGGCCGCCCUGUCGGUCGUCACCAACAUCGUCGCCGGUCUCGAGGUGCGCUUCUGGGAUACCAACGGCGAUGGCUACACCGACCUCAUCGACGCCGACUACCUGGAGGGCGUCACCGUCGACACCAUCACCCAGAACGCCAACGGCACCUACUCGGUCUACCGCGGGAAUAUCGACGUCGCCAACAAGACGCCCUGGGAGGGCACCAUUUUCGACGCCGACCUUUUCAGCGGUGCCGGCCCGGCUAUCCCCGCCAGCAACUUCGAUACCACUAUCAAGUCUGGCGACGUCGCGCUGUUCUGGUACGGCAACCAGGGCUGGGCCAUGAAGCGCGCUCAGGACGUAGUCGGUCUCUUUAUCGACGGCGCUGAUCAUACCUUCUACGACGUCGGGGGCGUUACUUACGAGGACGCCAUGCGCUUUUCCCGUGACAACCUGCCCAUCUCGAACCGGCCCGGCGAGUUCACCGGCGCGCAAAAGUUCUUCAAGCUCACCAAUGACUCGGCCGCCGGGCUCAACGUCAGUCUCUGGCUGGUCCCCGUCACCAACACCACCAACCGCGGCGGCCCCGUCGGCAUGACGAGCGAUGGUAACUCGCGCGACUUCCUCACCAGGGCCGUCGCUCAGGCCCAGGCUCAGUUGGACAACGUGACUAUCAGCACCAGCGGCGCCGACGUCCCGUCCACCCAGGAGUGGGUCAACCAAGCCAACUACACCCAGCUCCACGACGCCAUCGCCAGGGCCAACUUGGCGCUUUCCCUGGCUAACAGCUCGUCUUUCCUGCUUGACUACCAAAGCUACGUGCUGUACCUCACCCUUGAUGGCACUAGUGAUGACAUUGGCGCUGCCUUCGCCGACUUCACCUUCACUGGCUUCGAGAACGCAGAGAAGCUCGGCUCGGCCUGA